UUCAGGCGUCAUAAUCAAGCGACGGUCUUUUCAGUUUGUAAACAUUUGCUAUUUUUGAAGCGCCGUGCCCUGCAGAAACAGAUACAUCCAUGGAGGAUCUUGUGAAGGUCCAUGGCAGUGGUGGCUAUGACUCUGACUUCACUGAUGAUGAUGAUGAUGGCCAGGGAGGGUCCUCAGAGAGCGCUCUUAAAAGAAAAAGGGGGCAGGAAAUCUUACAAAAGCCUUUUCAGAAAGACCGRCAUUCCAAAGUGGCUCACCGCAGUUUACACCUUAAUGAAGUGGACAGAGAGGAAGCCAGGAACAGAAGAGCCCAUAUCAUAUCACUUAAUGCUUUUGAGCGACAUAAGAAGUUUGUCGGUGACUACAUUUUGUAUUAUGGAGGACAGAUGGCUGACUUCAGACGCUCUGCAGCUAAAGACAAAACAGAUCUGGACRUGCUGCGUGACAAUCAUCGCUUCCUCUGGAGGGAUGAAGACGAGGAAGACAUGACAUGGGAAAAAGAACUUGCCAAGAAGUAUUACGACAAGCUGUUUAAGGAGUACUGCAUAGCUGACCUCAGCAGAUACAAGGAAAACAAGUUUGGUUUUCGUUGGCGGACUGAGAGCGAAGUUGUGUCUGGGAAAGGUCAGUUCCAGUGCGGGAACAAACGGUGUGAAAAGGAGGAAGGCUUAAAAAGCUGGGAGGUGAACUUUGCCUACGUAGAGCACGGGGAGAAAAGGAAUGCUUUGGUCAAACUCAGACUGUGCCCUGAAUGCUCUUUCAAACUCAACUACCAUCACAAGAGAAAAGAGGUGAAGGCAAAGCCAAAAACGAGGAUAUCGGAGGAGAACCAGGAGCCGUUAAAGAAGAAGAGGAGUAAAAAGAGGAAGAGAUCAUCGUCUCAUUCUAAGAAACACAAGCGGAAAA